AUGGCUGGAUCUCCCCCUGUGCACCCAGGCUUUGGGAACUCAGGGAAGAGCUUUCUCAUCGAAAACCUGUUGAGAACAGGUCCUGUCUUGGCAGCCUCUGAGGGAAUAGCAGGUGGACAUCAAACACGCGCCCCGCUUGGACCCCAGAGGAGAACAUGGGGCCCUCAGCACUUUGUCUACCAAGACCAGAGUCAAAACCCUUCACGAGUCAAAGACACAGGAGUGCGUCUACCACAUUUAGGUCUGCUGGGUGGUGUGUUCCUGCCAGGUCCUCCUCCUCCUCCCUAUGUGCUGGCGUGCUGUGGUGGGUCCAGCCCCCCACCCAUCUUCUCCAAGGCACCCAACAUCUCGAUAUGGUCCCCGGACAUGAGUCCCAAAUCAAGAAGAGGAAUCCUGAGAAGAGCUGUGUUUUCAGAGGAGCAGCGGAAGGAGCUGGAGAGAACGUUCCGGAGGCAGAAAUACAUCAGCAAAACAGACAGGAACAAACUGGCAGCUGACCUCAGCCUGAAGGAGACACAGGUGAAGAUCUGGUUUCAGAAUCGCAGAAUGAAGUGGAGGAACUGUAAGGAGAAGGAGAUCCAUAGCGGACGCUCCCCCAUGGAGGAGCUCAUGUCCAGGAGCUUCUCACAGGAAGAGGAAGUGCAACAGCAACGACCAGAGACCUCAGGGACAACGUCAGACACAUCGCCACCACAGAGAAACAAGGACCUCGGAGCUAGCGUGACAGAGCCUUGCAAGGAAGCUAUGACUCUCAAACAGCCACUGACUCCCUGCAGACACUCACUUCCUGACCAGUGAAAGGACAAUAAACCAAGAUAAAGGAAGGGCUGGUCUUUCCUCCGCCCACUAGAUUAUAGUAAUCCUAACACAUGAUGCAAUCAUUCUUUCUGAAAAUAUGUAAGUGGACUCAGUAACAAUAAUCUUCAGAUGUUAGUUUUAUUGUAGCAUGCUCUUCCUAAACGUAUACAAUUGAGUGAGAUUGCCAAACACAAAACUGAUGUACAACAUGUUUGAUUGUCACAUUUUAUUCAGGAUCUUUUUUUUUUGUAAAUAGUUUAUCACUGAAGUACA